AUGGCGCUCAAGAAACCAGGGGGAAUGGAGACGCCUCCGGUGAGUGCGUCUUCUGGAGGAAGCAAGGAAGCCGGUGGGAAAGCCUUUGAAUCGAACCGGACUCAGCUUGCCGAGUUGUUCAAGGCGGCGUACGAAGGCCAGCUGCCUAAACUGGAGCGAAUUCUCCUCGACUUCUCUUCAUCCGAGGCUGCGAACGCCCCUGAACAGUCGCGCCCUUCGUCUCCACCCUCUGCUUCUCCACCCUCUUCUUCUUCUUCUCCACUUUCUGCUUCUCCGCCUUCUUCUUCUUCUUCUCCACCUUCUUCUUCGUCUCCGCCUUCUUCUUCGUCUCCGCCUUCUUCUUCGUCUCCGCCUUCUUCUUCGUCUCCGCCUUCUUCUUCUCCACUUUCUGCUUCUCCACCCUCUUCUUCGUCUGCCUUUGUCGCGUCGCUGUCUCCUGAGCAUCGCGCGGUUUUGUCUUCGGCCCUCGAGGAGUUUCGAGACGGUAGGCGCCGCUCAGCUCUGCACUUUGCAUGCGCGGGAGGCUGCGUAGACGUCGCGGCGCUGCUCGUGCGUCUCUCUCCGUCGCUCGUCGACUUGCGAGACGAAGCGCAGGAGACGCCUCUCCUUCUCCUCCUCCGAACAGCAGCCUCCAAGGCCCAUGGCGAGAAGGGAGAUUGCACCCUCUCUCUCCUGCAGCUUCUCCUGGACCACGGCGCGGACGUGAAUGCAAAGAGCCAGGACGGAGUCGCGCCCAUCGACGCGGCCUGCACGGUCUACGGAACGCCCCUCCACCACGCAGUUCUCUCUGGGCGACUCGGGACUGCUCAGUUCCUGCUCGAAAACGGGGCCGACCCCGACGGGGAAGGCGAGGCGGGCGUCCUAUGCGCGUUGCCGCCGCCGCUCGUCUUCGCCAGCAGCGCGGCGCACGCCGCCACGGUCAAAAUGCUUCUCGCCGCAAAGGCGAAUCCGAACCAAAAAGACGGAGACGGCUGGACCGCCCUUCAAUGCGCGGCAGAAGCGGGAUGCGAGGAAGCCGUUCGCCUGCUGCUUGCCGCAGGCGCCGACGCAAACGUCGCGACCAAGGGCCUAACUGCCUUCGACCUAGCUCUUCAGCACGGGCACGUGUCGACGGCUGCGUUGCUGAAGAGGGCCAUGGAAACAGACAGCCGACGCGAAGCUGCGACAAGGAAACAGGCCCCCGAGGCGCCAGGCGCGGCGGUGGAUGGACAGUUGGAUGGACAGUCGGGGCAGGAAGCGAAACGUGAAGAGCCGUCUCACGUUGGUGCAGCCUUCGUGGCCGAGUACGACGCAGAGGAGACGCCCGAGGUCUCGGACGACCUAAAGAGGAAAACGGAAGAGGCAGAAGGGAGGAAGAAACAAGCAAACGAUCUCGUGGCCCAAAGCAAGUACCAAGAGGCUUUGAAUGUAUAUCUCACUGCCCUAGAGAUUUGCCCUCGGAUUCAGCAGACGCGGCACCAGCGGGCGGUCCUGCAUGCGAACAGCUGUCUGAUGCUGUUGAAUCUCAAGCAAAGCCCCCAGAAGGCGUUGGAACACGCAGAGAGGGCGAUUGCACUGGAUCCGGAGUGGGUACGAGGAUACUACAGGGCGGGCCAGGCCCUCGUCGCUCUCGGAGACCACGCUGAAGCGGCGCAGCUGUUUUGGCAGGCUCUGAUGAGAGACCCAGGAAACCAAGACAUCUCGUAA